CAGCAGAUGGUGAUUGAUAUAUGACCAACGACUUCUGACAGCCAUAGGGCUGCGUUUACACCAAGCGCGUCACGUCGCGUCACGUCACACCACGUGAUAAGUUAAAAACGCUGCGUUUACACCGAGCGAGUCGCGUCGAGUCGAGUCGCAUCAAGUCAUUUGAAGCGAUUCAUUUCGACGUAUCUCCGUUUACACCGAAUGCGUCAACCCGAGUCAAGUCACUACACAGUGACCCAUUUGAUUUCAGGGAGAAUGGACGCAUAUUCUCUUGCUGUAGUAACUGCAUUGCUCUGGCUUCGUCGUCGCAGACGUAAAAAUAAAACUCGAAUCUGGAUGCAUCAUCUGAACACCAGGAGGCCAGAUUUCGGUAGCUUCAGUCAUUUAUUCCCAGACCUGGUAAACCAUCCAGAAAAAUUCUACAACUUUUUUAGGAUGACAAAUGAAAACUUCAAGAAGCUGGUGGAGUUGGUUGGACCUUCCAUUAGGAAAAUCAACACUAACUACAGGCGUGCAAUAGGAACGGAAAAAAGAAUGGCCAUUUUUUUAAGGCAUGUGGUUACUGGAGAAUCUUUGACUUCCCUUGGUUACCAGUUUCGUAUCGGCAAGGCCACAGUACACAAGAUUGUCAAGGAAACCAGCAAAGCCAUAUGGGAAACACUACAACCACAGUAUUUGCCUGUACCUGAUGAACACCAGUGGGAAGAAAUAGCCAGAACGUUUUUUGAACAAUGGAAUAUUCCUAACUGUAUUGGGAGUAUUGAUGGCAAACACUGUCGCCUGAAAUGCCCAGCUAAAGCAGGAUCACUUUUUUACAAUUAUAAAGGCUACCAUUCCAUUGUUCUGCUACCUAUUGUUGAUGCCAAUUGUUGUUUCACACUGAUUGAUGUAGGGCAAUAUGGACGAAACAGUGACAGUUCAGUUUUCACUGAAUCAAACAUGGGUAGGUCAUUUCUCUGUGGUAGUUUAGGCAUUCCACCAUCACGUGAAAUACCAAAUACUGUAACCAAAACACCCUUCUUUCUUGUGGGAGAUGAAGCUUUUCCUCUGAAACCUAACAUUAUGAGGCCAUAUCCUAGAAAAGACUUGGACUACCCUAAAAAAGUAUAUAACUAUCGGAUCAGCCGGGCUAGAAUAACAGUAGAGCGUGCCUUUGGAAUUUUAGCUAAAAAAUUUGGUGUACUUCAGACGUCAAUGGAGACAAGUGUUGAAGUAUCUGAAGCAGUGGUGAAAAGCAUUUGUGUACUCCAUAAUUUCAUCCAACAUGAAAACAGUUUCAACUACUUUCCAAGUGAUGAUGUUCAUGAUGCAACACAUUCCCAUUCUUCAAACUCGAGCCUGACUGCAACAAGAAGCAAUAGGGCUACAGCAGAGGCUAUGGCAGUUCGCGACAGCUUGAAGGAAUAUUUCAUUUCCCCAGGUGGAGCUCUUGAGUGGCAAGACCGAGCGAUCCAUCGUAAUGUGUAGUUCAUAGUGAAUUAGUCAAAUAUAUAGUUCAUAGCCUAAUAUGAAUAAAAUUAUUGUCUUACCUGUAACAUGAACCGUAUGUAUACAUUUAGUUCACAGCCUAAUAAAUGGAUCAAAAUUAAUAAAACUGUUGUCUUACCUGAAUACAAUAAAUGUAUAGUUCAUAGCCUAAUAAAUGG